UCUGCCAUUGGUUUGCUACAUCUCCCUGGGACUACGCACCAUCCCUCCAAGAUGUGGGCAAAGACAAUUACAGGAAAUUUUGCCAAUGUGAUUCACGGUUUGAAUGCAAACCACUUGACAGACCAAGUCAUUCAGAGAAGCAAGCGAAUGAUUCUGGAUACACUUGGAGUGGGGCUUCUGGGUACCAGCACUGAGGUCUGCCACAAAGUGACACAGUACAGCAAAAUCUACAGCUCAGAUAUAUCCAGUACCAUCUGGGGCCACUUGGAUUUCCGACUGCCUCCUCUGUAUGCAGCUUUUGUGAAUGGAGUGGCUGUGCACUCAAUGGAUUUUGAUGACACGUGGCAUCCAGCCACACACCCAUCCGGGGCUGUGCUCCCCGCUGUGAUUGCACUCUCAGAGGCCUUUCCUCAGGAGAAAAAAAUCUCAGGUCUCGAUCUGCUCUUGGCUUUCAAUGUGGGACUCGAAGUGCAAGGCAGGCUGCUGCGCUUCUCCAGUGAAGCCAGGAACAUUCCAAAAAGGUUUCACCCACCGACUGUGGUUGGUACGAUGGGGAGCGCAGCAGCUUGUGCUAAACUGCUAGGUCUUGAUCAGCGGAAAUGUAAAAAUGCCUUGGCUAUUGCUGCUUCCUAUGCAGGUGCCCCACUGGCUAAUGCAGCAACCCAAACAAAGCCCCUCCAUGUUGGCAACGCUGCCAAGCAUGGACUGGAAGCAGCUUGCUUAGCGUCACAGGGCCUUCAAGGAAACAAACAGAUCUUGGACAUGGAAUCGGGGAUAGGUGCCUUUUACACAGAUUACAACCCACAGACUCUGCCAACCUUACACUCCUACCCCUGGCUGUUGGACCAACAAGACGUGGCCAUCAAACGCUUUCCUGCUCAUCUUGGAACACACUGGGUGGCUGAUGCAGCAUCUUCUGUUAGAAGGAAGCUUGUGGAGAACAGUGACAACUUGCUCCCCCUUGAUAAAAUUGAGAAAGUAAUUCUGAAAGUCCCAGAGGUCAAAUAUGUGAACAGACCCAGCCCUACCUCAGAGCAUGAAGCUCGACACUCCUUCCAGUUUGUUGCAUGCUCUGCUUUGCUGGAUGGCAGCAUGUCAGUCCAGUCCUUCUCCAGUGAGAGCAUCCACCGGCCAGCCUUACGGGAGCUCCUCUGCAAAACACAACUGGAGCACCCUCCUGACAACACGCCCAGCUUUGAGAGUCUUUACUGCGAAGUGAGUGUCGUGCUUCGGGAUGGCAACGCCAUCAGCGACCGCUGUGAUACGUUCUACGGACACUGGAGGAAACCUCUGCAAAAGGAGGACUUGGAGAAAAAGUUCCAAUCCAAUGCCUCCAGCAUCCUGCCUGCAGAAGCCACAGAAGGCAUUCUAGAGACUGUGUACAAUCUGGAAAAAGUAGAGGACUGUUCUGUAUUAAGUACAUUUUUAUCAGGACAGUCAGCUAGAGUGCUUUUGGAGAAGCUACGCUUCCCUUGAACGUUCCAAUCAACAGCUAGAUGCUGUUCAAAAAGCAAACACAAAAUUCAGGACAAACUCUUUAUUUAGUGACUCAAGCAC